AUGGAAUCUGAUGCACUGACAUCAGAUGUUCGUGCUUCUUCAAAUGCUACCGGAAUUACUUUUCAUCCUACUACUGGGGAUACUACAUUUUCGGCCCAUUCCUUCUUUCCAUCGUCAACCAUUACAUACAAUACACUUUCCAAUACCGAUGCCUUGGCGAAUCCGGUUUCAAUGGAUGUACGACAAUUUUCAAACCCUGGAACAGGCGCUGUUACUUCAUUAACGGUGUCUUCAUGUUCACCAGGAAUGGACGAAGAUACAAAUGGAAGCUCAUAUUCCUUAUCCUAUGAAUCACAUCACGCUGUAAGUCAAUUUUAA